AUGACAAAAGCAGGAGCAGUAUUUUUCAUUGUUUUAAUUCAGGUUGCAACUACCCUGCCAUUGAUAAUGGCAUGGACUCCUCCUCCGCCUCCUACUUAUGUAACGAAACACCCUCCUCCUCCUCCUACUUAUGUAAAGAAAUACCCUCCUCCUCCGCCUCCUACUUCUGUAACAAAAUGCCCUCCUCCUCCUCCUACUUCUGCAGCGAAAUGCCCACUUGAUGCUUUGAAGCUGGGAGCUUGCGUUGAUUUGCUUGGUGGCCUUGUGCACAUCGGCAUUGGAGAUCCUGUAGAAAACCAAUGCUGCCCUGUGAUUGAAGGAGUUUUGGGAUUAGAGGCAGCACUGUGUUUGUGUACAACCAUUAGGGCCAAGCUUCUCGACCUUAAUAUCCUUCUUCCAUUGGCACUUGAGCUUAUUGUAUCCUGUGGAAAGACCGUUCCUCCAGGCUUCCAAUGCCCCGCUCUUUAA